UGAGGCGGCUGUAGGGCUCCGAGGAGUCCGGCGGGGUCAGUGCCACCCCGUCUCGGGGACACCUACAGCUCCCUCUUCUCUCAGGGUUCCACGACUCUGUGGUGUUUCCCUGCCAGGAGCUUUCUGGACGCCCCCCGGAGGAUGAGGGGUGACAGAGCGGUGCAGCGCGGAGGCCCACCCCUGCUGACCAGCCUGGGAAUGCCGCACCCCUGGGGAUGUGCUGGUACAUGACUUCUCCCGAAUAUUUUACAAGUUGUGAAGGUGAAAUUUGCUGCUGCAAAGAGCCAGCUGUACUUGAAAACCUGAUGACUACUUUAGUUCUACAUUUGAAGAGAUCUUUCUAGCACUUAAAAGUCCUCAGACUGACAGAUUUUUGCUAAAAGGGACAGUUUUCCAUUAAAACGUUUUCCCGGUUGUGUAAGAAUAUGGAACUUCUUAAGAACUUGAACACAAAAUUGAAGCAGACAUAAAUUGUGGACAGUCAUGAGAUCUGCUUAAAACGUUCAGUACUGCUCAUUCAAUUUUAUAACAGUUUGCUUAUUUUAUUGUUAGACAAACUUAACAAGGAUUAAAAUAACCAAUGAAGGAUUAGGCAGAUUUAGGCGCAGCUAUUUAAAGACAAAGCAAUGUUAAUUAAACUGACUGCAGUAAUUCAGAUUAAUCAGUGAUGCUUCAGACUCUAAAUGGUGAAAAAAGACAACAGAAGUCUGGCCAGGGAUGAGAAGAACAGUUUAAACGUCAGCUAAUAUCAUGAUUACUGCCCUCUAUGCACUUCAGACAAAGGCACAGUGAAGUACGGUUUGCAUGCGGUGUAUCUAACAUGAAAUGCAUCUAAGCAGCUCCCUACAAUCAGGAUAAGAAAGUCAUGGGUUUUGAUAUUUUGAGUUGAAAAAAAAGCCAUCAGGCCUGCAAGCAGAAUUUAAGAUCAUCCUCGACUUGGGAGAGGAGAAUGUGUUUAUUGGUCAAUCCAAAAUCUACAGCUACCUGAAUCCUAACAAAGCUCCUGGUGCUCGCCCCCCACUUCAAGAGGAAAACUCUGUCAUGUAUCACGAGGUGAAAUGUCAGGGCAAAACACUAAACGAAACCUACAGGAAAGGAGACGAAAAAAAGAAUGGUGGCAAUAUAAUUGAAGGUGCUAUGAAACCAGAAGACCAGAAAGAUAAAGAAGGUGGAUGCAAUACUUUGGUGCCCUCCUCUGAUCAAAACCAAGAAACUGUAGAAACCCAAAAGACGCCCCUGCCUUCAGACUGUGCUGAUGAGGUCAAUGCAAAGCCAGCUCAGAAGAAGAUGGUUAAAGCAAAACGUGGACCAAGGAGAAAAACACAAGGAAGAACACCAAAUCGAAAAGUGACAGAUUAUUACCCAGUCAGAAGAAGUUCCAGGAAGAGCAAAUCUGAAUUGGAGACAGAGGAGAGGAGGAAAAUAGAUGAGCUAAUUACAAGUGGGAAAGAAGAAGGAAUGAAGAUUGAUUACAUCGAUGGCAAAGGGAGAGGAGUAAUUGCUACUAAGCAUUUUAAUCGAGGAGAAUUUGUAGUUGAAUAUCAUGGGGAUCUCAUAGAGAUCACUGAUGCUAAAAAGCGAGAAGCUGUGUAUGCUCAAGAUCCAUCCACAGGCUGCUAUAUGUACUAUUUUCAGUACCUCAGCAAAACGUACUGUGUUGAUGCUACAAAAGAAACGAAUCGUUUGGGAAGACUGAUUAAUCACAGCAAAUGUGGCAAUUGUCAAACAAAGCUUCAUGACAUCGAUGGUGUGCCUCAUCUCAUAUUGAUAGCUUCCAGAGACAUUAAAGCAGGUGAAGAACUGUUGUACGACUAUGGAGACAGAAGCAAAGCUUCCAUUGAAGCUCAUCCAUGGCUGAAACACUAAUUCAUCUUCUUUGUUUGGGGUGAUUUUUUUUUUGGGGGGGGGAGGGAGGGACUGAGUGCUCUCCAAGGAGUCAGUGGAUUUUUUUUUUUCCUGUCCUCACUUCCCUCAGCUUUCUUAGUGGACUGCAUAUGGUGUUUUGAGCUCCUUAAAAACUACCUUUUUGCUUUGCAGUAUUUAAAUACUUAUUACAGUUUUCCAGGCAGGCUUGAAUAAUUGAUCUUAGAUUGCCAAAACUUUUGUAUCAUGAAAGAAAACCCUCCCUAAAAUUUGACUACUCCUGCAUAGUGACCAGUGCCACUUGAGCAUGCAGUCAAAGACUCGCACAAAAAUUUAAUCACUUGGGUUGUGCUUCUGCUUUUGCAAUGAAAUCUCACACUCCACCUUGUGGGAUGAUGAACUUGGCAUUAGCUUUAUGAUAGCAGAUGUACUUCUGUACUCUUGACUUGUACAUCCAGUGGCUUGACUGCUUGUCAGACGGCUUUUUAUGACCAAGUGCUGACAGGCUUCUCUGAGGUGGAUGCUACUUAUCAUUCUCAAAUAAUUUGUGGUAGGGAUCCAGUUCUUCCAGUGUCCUAUCUCAUGUUGGCAAUGAACUUUAAAUGCACUGACACUGAGGGAAAUGGAUGGUCACAUUGGCUGCUUUCUUCACAGAAAUGACUCCAAGCCAAAUGAGGAUGGAUUUUUGAUAGGCUGGGUUGAAACCGAUUAGAAUGGUGAAGAUAGACCGUCACAGUGAGAAUCAAUGUUUGACAUUACUUAUUUUCUAAAAUUUAAGAUGGUACCUUUUUGUAGUUGAUGGGUGAUUCUUGGAGGUGUCUCCCAGAGGAUUUUAAAGAAUUAAAAGAAAAAGCACUCUCCAAAAUCUUUUUAUUAUCUUCCUAUGCUAAUUAGCCACGUCAGAAGCUAUUUAUUUACUGUGAAUGCUUGAAGUAGAGCAUAGCAGUUCCAAAAACAGGAGUCAUCUUCAUAUGCAGCUUCCAACUGUAAUGAUGGAGUUCAUGCAAUGAAGAAAGUAGAUUCCUUAUUGCCUGGUCCUGUAGGUCUGUCCAGCGUGGUCUGGUCCCACUGUCUUCGAUGGGAGCCGAGUGCUGAGCAUCUUGCAGAUGUUUGUAACGUUACUGUUGGAGAACCAAAUCUGUGAUAUAGGCGGGCAAUACAAUGCAGGUCCUUUAUGUUAAAGAUGAAUUCUUACCAGUUGGGAUUUUUGCCAAGGCAGGCUUGGCACGUGUGUAGAUGCAAAUGGCUGUGAGCCGUCAGCCACGCUUGCUGCUGGAAGAUGUCAGCAAGGGAUCUGUGGCUCUCUUAAUGUCUUCUGUUCCUCAUGUCUUGAAGGCUGCUGCUGUUCCAGCUAGUGCCCUCUAGGACAAUCUUAUGUGCUUGCCUAUAUGAUAGGUCAAAUAGCAACACCAUCCUGGUUGUAUGCUCCAGCAGCAAGAGAGGUGGCUUAGUGAUGUAUUUUUUAAAUUAAAAACUUGAAGACAAUGUCUCUGUAAAAUAAAGAAUAUAUUUAUUAUUGAUGAAGUGGCUGCUAUAGUACCUGUCUCCAUUGCAGAUCAUGAGCAUUUUGAAAGAAAGCUGUGAAAAUCAUUAGCCGUUAAAUGCUUUAUAUUAUUUACUACUUAACACAAGGCGAGCUCAUCGGAGUCAGCCUGUGUAUUUUUACCAUUUCUGAAGAAUUAACUGGAGACCUGUUACCUUACAUGUACUGAGUUACAGGUAAGCUUCUUUGGCUGACUUAUUUAAGUUGACACUGAUUUUUCUCUGGUCUCAGUAAUAGAGACUACAGCAGUGUACAGUAUCCUGUUUUACUAGAGUACUUCCUUAAGUCAAAAUUGGAAUAAAGUGCUUCUUUUUGUAUUUUAUUUAAAUAUUUGCUUGUUCUCUAUCAGGUCAAAUAGCUUAAAACCUCUGUUCUUCCGCAUCACUUUUGUAAACAAGAAAGGGGGAAAAUCUCUUCCUUAUUUUACAUAAAAAUUGUUUUCUCUGAAAUGCUUAACUGGUAAUCAAGUAGCACUGCAUCAGAAGAUGGUAAUAAAGCUGAUGUUGCACUGA